CGAAUUUCUUGACGAUCUGAUUUGAAUCUGUCUCUCACCGUGGUGAUCUGUAAUAUUCUGAACUUAUGGGACAAAAAUAUUGCCGAUCUUUGCUCACACUUCGGUAUAAUUCCACUCAUUUUGAUUUAUAAUGUCGUGAAGAAGGAUUUACAAUCGGCAUAGUUGGCAGCAAGUUGAUAUAUUUGGGUCGAUUCACGAAGAGAAGCCAUGCCCAGGUCGUACAACAAAAUGGACGACACGGAUCCCUUGGCCGCAAACGAAUCUCUGGUAUUUAUCAUAUUUCAUAUUGAUACAUGAAAAAUAAUUUUAUGUUUCGGUUAAACUAUUAUCUUUUCUUUGUCAUUGCUACUUGCGAAAUAUAAUUUUCCACUAAAAUCGUUUAUAUACGUCAGUCAACUAUAGCUAGCUAUAGCUUGCAUCCAUCGCACUGGCGAGGUUCUAUUUGUUAAAAUUUCGCGUCGAAUUUCGCAUCGAUUUAUGAUACCAAAAAACCUCUACGAAGGUUGCAAAUAUCUUCAUCCAGAUGUUUAUCGAAUGAAAGGAAAAAAAUAACCGUGAAAUAAAACGAUUUCACUGAACGCAGAAUUAUUACCUGUUAGUUUUAGAUUCAUGAAUGUCAACUUUUCAAUGAUUUUGCUUGUGUUGUCAUUCUUUUCCGCGUCUAGUGACUGGAACACAAUUAAACUAAAAUUUCAGUCUAUACCCAGCGCUUCGAAUUUGUCAUGUUUUUUAAUUUGGCCAUGAUUUUGAGUCGAUCAAAGAUCGAUUCAAGCCAACUGCGAGAUUUGAGGUCAUUAAAAAUUAAACAAAAUCGGGCGUAAUAUAGGUUUGACCGCUAGAAAAGUUCAAUUUUUACGCAAUCUUUUUUUCUAGCUGCCUACCGUUUUUGGAAUGUUUUAUAUUUGUCAUUUUCAAUUUUAACCAUCCCAUGCGUUUGAUGAUCGCUAGUUUUAUUCACACUAUCCGACCUUACAUUCGAGUAUUUACUGGUCGUACAUAAAACACGGAAAAAUUCAGACUGGAAAUAUUAGACAAGUUCUAGAAAAUGAGAAUCCAAAAAUGCAGGAAUAUGCAUUUAGAUAUAAGCUUAAGUGACAACAAAAGUAAUCGAAAACGCCUUAGGUCUUCAAAUUGGUUUGUGUGCGUCGAAAUAAUUGAAUAACUGUUUGUUUUUAAAGUCCGUGAUUUAGUUCAGUACUUUCGUUGUCAAUAUGGGAAGGCAAAUGUAACGCUAGAACUUAUCAAAAGAUUAUGAAAAAGAUAAGGAACGUGUAGAAUAAGGCUUGGAAGACGCUUUUAUGAAGACCGGCUAUAUUCAUUUUCUAUGGUGACAGAGCAAGUUCAUAAACACGAAAAUAUAACCGCAGGGAGGUUCCCAAAGAUUAAUUAUGCUCCACAUGCCAUAUUCGCCUUUCCGUGCAGGAACUCGACAUGCCAAACCGACGAUGGAAAAUUUAAAGGGCUCUGUAUGUUCCUCGAUACGCUUCGCUGAUACAAAUGUUUACAGAGUUUUCUAAAGACAUGGCGUUAAUUUGCAUAUCGACGUCCUUUUCAAAUGAACGAUAAAAAGAAGAUCUAGUUUUGUUUGUUUUGGAAUUUAAGUCUUGCUUUCACUGAAGGUGUCGUGGAUACAUAGAAUGUCUGAGAAUUUUCAAAGUGAAAAGUCAGGGUCAGUUUUCCUUUUCAAUAGAUCUAGAUGUAAUGGUCAUAGAGUUACUUCCUUAACUUCAAAGAACCGUCUAAUUUUUAGGUAAAAUCUAUAAACAGUAACUGGGGUUAUCGAAGGCGAUAAUACGUUAUUGUUUCGACCUCUCCACGUGAAAAGAAUUUCAUUAACUCCCUCGGCAUGUAGUUUUUAAAACAAACUUUAAGCAUUAUCCAUUCAUAAAUUAUGAAAUUACCUCAUGAGCUGCAAAGUAUCACAAAAAGUAUAACAUCUGAGAUAGCUUCUAGAACUGGUUAACAACGAAGUUUUAUCCUGUCCUAUCCAACUAAUAUGAGGGUAAAUGUACGUGCAUGCCUCAUAAAACACUUCGAGGCUCACUGAACCAACAUCAGAUGUUUUCAAAUACGUUCAAUGAGAAACAUGAAAUGCUAAAAAAAACCCAAGACAUAGAUCGUUAUGUCCUGCCCAAAAGAAACUCGAUAAUGAGACGUUGUCGGCAAAAUCGAACCAACUCAGCCCGACGGACAUUUGAUUUUCGACUUAUAACCACAUUAAAACAUUGUUAAACAUGUCGACACUCGUUAACCUAAAUCGUCACAAUUUGUUCCACUAAAGAAAACAAAAUUUAAUAAUCAAUGGAUUUAAAAAGAGCCCAAGCUUUCCGUUGGUUUACCUGCUUAAUAAACUUACGUGGGAAGUUGGUAGAGCUAGGAAGAUUACAACAUUUGGAAGUUUUUUGCCUUACAGUGCGAAAUCUGUUUUACUUCGUAAGCAAUCCAACUGCUAGCCGACAUGGUGAAAAAUCAAUAUUUCCAUUACACAUGAUUCUUGUCUUUAAUGUAUUCCUCCCUCGGAAGAGAAAAAUUCAUUGACCACAAAUAAAUGCAAAAUUUAAGACAAGCCGUGAGUCCAUAGAUAUAUUUUAUUUUCAAUCAGAAAUAGCAUUAAAGAUUGAGUCAAACUAACUGAAUGAUUACAGAGGCGGCGGAGUGCUUUGAAACGGGGUAGGGGGGCUCAUCUUCCACUUAGCCGUACUCAUACCCCUACUCAAAUUUUCCAAACUGCCCUAUGCGCCAUUCGUUGGCACAAGCAAUCUCCACAGUGUCUAAUGUGUACGUAAUCGAUUUGUGACAGUGCAUCAGUAGGCAGUUGUUGUUGGUGAUUGUUAGCUAGUUCUUGAGUCGUCUGAGGGCAGAAAAUGUGCGCUCUGAAGUCGCUGAUGUCAAAGGUAUUGUCAAAAACAUCCGUAAAUGUUUUUCGCCACCAAAACGUGGGGGGCCGUUUUUGUUGGUGUGGUGUUUUUCUGUCAAGGGAGUUCAGCAGAGCUACUUUAUCAGUUCGACGUUUUUAAAGUGGCUCUGAACUUUCUUCAUGGAGCAUUUCUUAAACCUUGUAAAAAGGUAAAUUUGACAUUUUGAUUACAAUUCGAUGAGAUAGAUGGGGGGUAACCAAGUGUUAUUGAAUUAUAUUACCGCUAAUAGCUAAAAUGAGGGGUUUUUGUGGGUUGUAACGUUGCUAUGAAACCUUGUAGUGCUAAAACAAUAAUUGGUGAUUUGUUCAAUACACUGUUGUAGGGUCAAGACUAUAUCUAGGCAUUGAAUCUGUUUCCUGUCGUCUGUUGCUACUGAUCAGGGGCAAGGACGGAUAUUAAAUAAGCCUUUAAAAAGUUUAGCUUAGCCUGAAUUUCAUUCGACUGCUUCGAGCCGUUUUCUCCUCUCAGCAAAGACGUUACUGAGGGAGUAGUAACGACUCGAAGUAAUCGGAUGAAAUUCAGGCUGAGUUUAGCCAACGUUUUCAAGUUUCAAUGCUAUGAUAUUAGUAUAGGUAAUAGCAUGAUUUGUAGUGAUAUUUGACACAAAUACCACGAGUGAUAUUUCGAAACUGUUAUACAUAAUUUCACGAGCCGUUAGGCGAGUGAAAUUUGAGACAAUUUUGAAAUAUCACGAGUGGUAUUUAUGCCAAAUAUCACGUACAAAUCAUGCUAUCAUUUGUUUAUACUACUACCUGCAAAAGGUUUGUAAUUUUCACAUGUAGGUAUGUCAAAUUAAGCUGAAAUACCACUGCUCUAAGCCUAUCAGAUUGCAGAAAUUUCUCAUGUAGUACUAUAAUGGUUUGUACCCUUUGAUGAAAUUUGUGUGAUAUCUUCUCCAUAACUCAACCAAAGCAUUUUUGGUAGUGUAAUGAUACUUAGUAAGGAAUUCACCUAACAAAGCAAUAUCCCUCCCCACCCCCAUUGUUUGUUUCAAACGCAUUCUGAACCAUUCAAAUUGCAUUUUCUGAACGUUUGUGUUUAUUUUUGUAUUCGCUCAACUGAUUAAUUCUUACUGCAUAUGCGAUACCUAGCUAAGUAUUUUUUACCCCACAACUGCGGUUUUUUGACCCCAUAUGAAAGAGCCAGGACUUGAAAUUUAAAUUUCAGCGCCCUCAAAUUUGAUUGUAGCAGUUUUGAAAAUAAAUGUGAAGCAAAUGUACGUGUGUCAGGCAACUUAAACCUUUAAUACGGAAUUUUUUUCACGAAAAACUGAAGGGAAGUAAAUUCGUAGCAAAUAUAGUUAAGUCAGAAAUUUGCGGUUGUAUUGAGAUUUUGGUUACAGAUCAAAACGUAAAAGAUAACCUGUCUUAAACAAUGAAAGCAAAGUUCAACUAAUUUGAUAUUUCUCGAUAUUUUGAAAAACUUUUAUUUAAGUUAAGUGGUUUACAUUUUACAUGUCAAAUUAACGUUUUUGUUUGAUGGUUUUAGCGUUUUGUUAGAAUGAAAUUGAACUUCUAAAUGACUGACUAAAAGUUGUCAAUGUUAUAUUAAUCACUUAACAGUCAUAAGGGCAGGUAGUACCUGUUCCACUUUGCUAAACAACUUCUUUAACAAGAUAUUAUCACUUAGAAUUUUCACUGUCAUUAACAUUAUAUUACAUUAUAAAGUUAUCCAUUUAAUAGAACUUGAAAGUUACACCCCCUCAAACGGCCUAGAUCAUUAAUAACGGUUCUAAUGUGGACUGGAUAAGCCAGGAUUGUGGAUGGCUGAUUUACUUUUUCAAAACGAAAAUAUUUGUCUCUCGAAUGGCUGACAUAUUUGGUAGUAGAGAAUUAAACAAACAUUCAAUUGUCAACAAGGAUGUGAAUAGUAUCGCCUGCUGAGAAACCGUUUGUAGUUUCUGCUGGUGUGGUAGAUGGAAAUGCGUGGUAUUUUUUGUAUGGAGGCGAAGAGAUAAGAAAGAUCACAUAAAAUUAGAGAAUGGAAACUCAAGAAGAUCAGGAAGACCAGGCUGAGCCAAAGAAUAAUGAGGGAGAGCAGGUAUCUGUAGAUGAUAUUGACAGUGUGAUUCCGCUUCUUGACCAGUAUGUCAGUCAAGAUGGCGCAGUUACAAAAAAUCAAUUCAAAUAUCAAUUCCCCUACUUCCGUGUUAUUUGUUAUGAAGGAUGUUUGUCUCUUAGGGAAAAAAAAGAUUGCGACAUACUGUGACAUACAAUUCAACGGAAUCAUAAACCGAAGCUAAAUCAAGAUAGACAUAAACUUCAUUGGAAGACGGACGAGCUUUCGAACUUAAUAGUCUAGAAAUUAGGUUUAAUCUGAUUAUAAAUUAGAUAAACAACACAAUGGAGCUUUGGUAUCAAACUUCGAAAUUUGUCAUGUUUACCAACACAACAAACGCGAAUUGCAGUGUGAGUUUGUUUUUGAACAGGGAAAAUAUUUCAAAUAUUAAAUGAAAACUGCUUAAUAAGAUACCUGUGAAUUUCUGUUAAUCACAUGGUGCCCUUGGUCUCAUUGUAAAUUCCAGAGCGCGAAAAAGACAAACAAAUAUUUGGCCUGUACAACAAUUGCAUUUAUGUCUUGACAGAUAGCUCAGUUAAUAACUCCGUUAUCUUUUUUUGUAGAGUCAUAAUACUACAAUCAUCAUGAUAUAAUUACCAAUUAUAUCAACCCCUAUAGCUAUCGUAUUAAAUCUUAAGUAGUGCCUCCUUUGAUGCCCUUUGAUGCCCAUGGUUAGAGUGGGUUCUUAGUUAGAUCGUCAGUGUUACUAUUGGCAAGUGGCCAAUGUUGUCGCCGGUAUUACGAGCAUGAUCAAACCACGUUAUAGUGGGAACAUAACAAAAAAAUAACUUCGAAAAUAGUUCUUAGGGCAAUUUUGUGCAACCCUAUGCACUUCCCUCAUGCCGUUCUUCAAAUCUGACCUCAUUUACCAUUCGCUUGUAAAAGUAUUCUUCCACGCUGUUUUUUAAUACGGUAACAGAAUACAUUAUAACGUAUUGAGUAGAAAACUAAUGACACAGGGAUAUCUUCAGUGGGUUCCAGAGCAAGGGGACUUUCCCGCCGAGCUGUAAGAGCUCUCAAUGUGCCAGAGGUAGAGGCAUUUGAUGCCUCUAUUUAGUAUCCCACAAAUGUAUGCAAAUCGAGUGAGGCGAUUUAGCAAUGUUAUAGUUAGAAAUAGCAAUAGCAUUACAGUUGUACUUUCGUUCUGAAUUAGAUUAUUGGGUAGAUUAGUGUUAUUUCUAGCAUCACUAUGAUAUACCACCAUAUAUUAUUAACAUCUUAUUAUGGUCUAAUUGAUUUCUUUUUGUCUUGUUGUGUUGCAAGGAAUUGACAAAUUCGACACUACGGCGGCAAUGUGAUUAUAAUCUAUGACUAUCCAAUUUUCACACAAACUGACUAGAAGAACAACCUUUCUACGUACAUUUGUGUAUAAAAGACACAAUAUUUUACAAUGUUUUGGAGUAGAUACCAUGAGAUAUAUCUUUAUAUGUGACUUGAUUAUUUUCGGUAUGCACGCAAUUUUGUUUCGGUGAGUUUUGUUUUUACCACGAGAAAGCAUUACGUUAACAAAUUGGUCCCAUGUCACUCAUCAUAACGAAUGACGUAAUACGAAAUGAAGAAACUUCGAAAUCACAUGCACUUUUCAAAUAUAUUUGUGUCACCACUCUCCGGCAUGCUAUCAUACCAGUCUCUUUUUAGUUGAGUGAAAAGUCUAGGAAUACAACAAUAUCAACAGUAACGCCAAUGAUUUUAAGUACAAGAUGAAAUAUGAGCUGAACAUCAGUAUGGACGAAGACACACCGUUGUAAACGCCCAAGCAGAUCAUGCAAAUCAUACAUUAUUAAUUAAUGCCACAGCAGAUCAUUUUAAUUGAAUAUCUGUUUAAAUACGAUUUUUCAUCUACUGUCUAUAAGUACUUUUGUAACAUAAAAGUUAAAUUAUGUACCUUUAGUGACAGUUUGCUGACUUUGAAAGGAUUGGCAUAAUCUACAUACGCGAUAAAUAAAACGCAGAAAAGUCCAUGAGGUUUGCACAAUAUAAUUAUUGUUAGGGUUUGCUUCGUUUUUCGUUUGUUCGCUGUUGCUGCUUUUUUUGCCAUUGUUUAUGAAGUGGAUACUUUUCCUUGUCUUAAUGCAAUAUAAAAAAAGCGGAACAUACAGUACGUCAUUUUCAAAUUUAAACUGCUUUUGUGUAGAAUUGGAGUUGUAAUGGAACAUGUCUGUUUGCGCCGCAUGACUAUGACUAUUGCUAUAAGUUUUUGAAGAUUAUUAGAGAAAUAAAUUACUGCUUAAAAUCCCUGACAUAUCUCAAUAUACCUUUUAUUUAAACUACAUGGCGAGUGCACGCUAGUUGCAGUGUAUUGUAAACAAACAUUUUCUGCAAUGUAGUCAGAGUUUCACUACUCUAAAGAGCUUGGAAAAAAAUGAAACAACUGGAAUUCUUUCCGAUCUACCCUUUUCCUUAUCUCUCCUUUCAAUGGCCACCAACUCUGUGCUUGAGCCAUGAAUUCUUUGACUAACUAUAAAGCGUUUUCACUCACAUGGCUGGCAUCUAUGCAAAUUUAUUGGAACAAAAGAAAACGUUUGCAUAAGAAAGGAGUUCAACCCCUACAUGAGUGGUUUGGGACACCAACAUGGCCGCCGUUUCAUUGUUUUAAUUGGGCUACCAAUAUGGCCGCCGUGACGUCAUGUGAAAACACUCUAUAAAGCGUUUUCACUCACGUGGCCGGCAGCUUUGCAAAUUUAUUGGAAAAACAGCAAAUUUUUACGUAAGAAAAAGGUUCAGCUCAUACGGGAUUUUAUUGGGUCACCAACAUGGCCGCCUUUUCCUUGCUUUGAGAGAUGACAAUAUCCUGGACGUGACGUCAUGUGAAAAUACUUUAUUCUGAUGUUUUUGUAUUUUUGUAAAAAAUUGCAGAGUCCUGAAUUUUAAUUCUCUUCUUUUUCUUCUGAUCUCUUUCUAGGAAAUGGCUUCUUAUAAUACUUUUGAUCCAGCUUACAACGGAAUUUACAAGGUUCUCUUCUUUGAUAAAAAUCUAAAGCAUGCUUCUAAACUUAAGAAAUAUUGAUGUUAGUAAGGAAAGGGUUAAUCAUUCGAUAAAGCAAAGGCAGCUCAUUUUUCAAAGUCAAAAAUCCUUGUGAAUUACCUGAAAAAUUUGAAAGAGUGAAAUUUUAUGAGCGAUUUCAAUGAAAGUGAGGUAGAGACAGACAAGUGAUAUUUACAUUCGAGAAGCUUUAGUGAGAACAUGUAGAAUGCACCAUUGGAUUUCUUCAAUUUACGUUAUUUACCGCGUUUCUUGCAUCCUGGAUACUACUAAGAUGUAAGAAAAACUAUAUAUCAUCUUCCACCCAGUUAUCUAAACUUUUACCGUCCAUGACCUUAUCCGUACUCGAUGAUGACGUAAGUCACGUAAAAUCAAACUCUACUUUUGACCAAAAAUCUGCAUUUCUUAGAUUUAAAAUUGAUAGCAAAAAGCCAAAAUAUUUAGCAUUUCACGUUGUAUUCAAUAUCGUUAUAAUCAUCGUCAUAAUCGUCGUCGUUGACAUUGUCAUCAAUAUCUUAACAACAAAACUAUCUUCAAUUUUCGGAAAAUGGUUACUGAUUAUUUUUAUUAAUCAUUUCAUAUUCUUACCGAAAAUAACUCUAUUGGACACGCUUGUCGGCACGUAAAUAUAUUUAUGUCAUUAAGCAAAGGCAAUUAGAUUGAAAUUAAACUCAGUACAACUAUUGUUUAUAUUGAUAUCCAGAUUCUGUGUAAAUAAAAAUUAAAAUAAUAAUCACUGACAACGAUGGAAAUGCUUUUUAAAGAGAAUAGCAGCAAAAAUUUUAAAGUAAUAUAAAAUUAUUGAAUGCAUGAACUUUAUUUGAAUCCUGAUUUGAGAAUUCAGGUAUUUAGCCUUUUGGGACCACUAAAAUAACAUUGAACUUUUGAAACUAGAAAUAGCACUAUGAAAUAAUACUAAUAUGAAUUUUAAAUUAUUUGAUGUUAGAAUAGGUUUAGUUUGAGAAAAAGUUUUUAAUCAUAUCGUACCUAAAAAUGUACAUGUUUACUGUGCUACGCGCGCUACCGUGAACACCAGACAAAACUUUUGACAUUUUUUGACAUAUUUUUGACAAGUUUGAUGACCAGCGUGAUAUUGGCGGGAAAGCAAUUGACUUACUCUGUCGUUUUUCUUUUAGUUCACCUUUUGUGAAAUAAUAUAAACUUUGUAAUUACUAUAAUACUGAUCAAGGAAGGCUCUUAAAAUUUCUAGAAUGCUACACGGUCGGGUUACAAAUGUUUGUAAGUAGAGUUUUUACCAUUUUUUGCCUUUGCUAUAAAUAGAUGAAACCAUUACGACAAGUGUCUCUUAACAAAAGAUAUGUUUACUAUUUUACACCCGCUAAUGUUCAACUGAGAUUUAAUAGGUACGGUGGAUAUUUUGAUAAUGGCAGACCUCUUCCUGAGAUGCAAAGGGAACGAGUAUUGGACCUUUAUCAUGAUGGAUUCGGUCACUGCCAAAUCGCACGGAAACUUCGUUCGAGUCCUGGCUUUGUGCAGAAAGUGAUAAAUCGUUACAAUGAACAAGAUACAUCCCUUAGAGCCGCAAGAGUUAACUAUCCCGAGCCAAACAUUGAUGAAGCAGCCUUAAAAUAUAUAGAAGCACAGAAAGUAAGAAAACCAAGCAUUUAUGUGAGCGAAAUACAACAGAGACUUUUAUUGGAUGGUGUUGUCCAUCGCGCUUAUUUACCUAGCGUAUCACAGAUCAAUAAAGUCAUCCGCAAAGAUCUUAUGAUGACAAGAAAGAAAAUUACUGCCAUUCCACUUGAAUCCACAAACCCUGAGACGACAGCGGCAAUUGAUGAUUUUCUCACCGACAUAGCUGACAUCAACCCACGAUCAAAACUACAGGAUACAGAAAAUAUGGGAGUGCUCCACUCGGAGAGCUCGCUCUUUAAAUACAGCGUUACGCGUCUAAUGAAAAUUUUACUAUAAAUCUGUUGCACUCAUUUUGUGGCGUGGACUUUUAUAAUAUACUGGAACGCCCGUCUAAUGCGUUAGAAAUGCUUAACUUCUUUGACGAAGUUUCUCAAGAGCAGCGAGCUGAUGGAAGUGCAGUGCUUGAGCGCGGAGAUUGCGUGAUCAUGGAUAAUGGUGGCUUUCACCACGGCCAUCGUUUUGAACCAGUGCUCAGCGCCAUGUUACCGGAUUGCGGUGUAAGACUACUAUUUCAGCCACCUUACUCAUCGCAUUUUAAUACUUGCGAAUAUUGCUUUAAUGCAAUAAAAGCCUUUUUACGUCGCCACAACAUGCUAGCUGUCAAUGAAACAAAAAUCGCAAUAGCACAGGCGAUCCUCAACAUCACCGCGGAUAACUCCUAUGCGUAUUUCAAGCACUGUGGAUAUUUUUAAGUUAGGACUUGGUAAUUAUAAAGUCCAGAAAACUGACGUUAAAAAACCUACGUAAUGCCUUCGAACACAACUUACAUAUUUUUAACGAAUUCUAUAUUUUUUGAACACUGCUGAAUGUUGGCAUUGUUGAACAGACCGCUGAAGCAGGGCAGACAGUACAUAACUCAAACUAAUCGCGACUAAUUUCUUAGUGAAAAAAACAUCAGAAAUGGAACAAAUGACUCUUACAGUCUCAACGCUAUAUGAGACCGAGAUUAAUAAAACGUCUUAUAACCAACAAAUUAACAUGAUUGAAAAUCAGGGGCAUCCAACGUCAAUUUUCGGAAAAUAUCUGUUCGGAAGACGAUUUGAGAUCUAGAAUUUUCGGAACAUUUGUUGUAAAAUUUCUUGCUUGCCUGCCUCUCCUAGGAUUUUCGAACAUCUAGAAAAUGGUAUAAUUGCCCAUUUUUAACGGAUUUUUACCCAAAAAAGGUCACCUAGAAUUUUCGGGAGCCUUUUUCCGGGCUGAAAUUUUGGAGUACUAGUUCAUUCGUUCAAAUAAAAGUUUACAUUCGAGUUCUCGUACUGUUCUAUAAUCAGCGGAAGUCUCCAAUCUUCAUCUUCGGGCCAAUCGGGAACCUCUUUUAUCGCUCUUUGUAAAAUUAUAAGAUCUCUGUCCAACCGACUACUGUUUGAAUAUUCAACUUGGUUCUAGGUCUCAUUACACAAAAAAACGACGAUUGUGCAGCUGUAAAACCUUUGAGGUGGGCUUCCUCUUCUUGGGCCUUGGUUUCAAGAGAUCUUAUUUCCCGCUGAAGUUGGCUAAUUUUAGCUUUGUGCUCGGGGUGCUUUUCCUCUAUUUUACAUGCGUUAAUGUCCGUGCAAGGAGCUUUUGAACACUUAACUUUUGUAUGCCCACAGCAAUGACAGUUGUUACACAGCCGGCCUCGAAUUUAACUUAGAGAAUGAAAGUGCCUGGAUUCACAGUUCAAUUUCUCCCGUUCUUCUUUGGCGCUAGCAACUUGUACUUUCAAAAUCUACACAUUUUCUUCAAUUUCUUGUCGCUGGAAGUCCAAAGGACUUUUUUGAGCGCGUUUGCCUGUUGUUGCCGCGGGACGCGCGGCUUCUGGUGUAAAAGACAAAUGCUUCGGUUGCAGCGACUCGUUGUCAGCUUCCGAACUCGGCAUUCCCAGGUCGGUUCGUCUUAUUUUACUGGGUAGCGGUGAAUCUAUUUCACUUGCUUGUAGAAAUAUUUUCUUAUAAUCCCGUUCUUUUACUUCUUUGGUACUCCUCAGCAUUUCUCCAAAAGAAAAACCACUUGAAUCUUCCCAUAAACUGAUCAUAUCACCGUCUUCGUCGCGAUAACGUACACGAAUGUUUGAAGCGGGUAAGUACGCGAGUGGCGAACAGUUGCGUUUUAUCUGCUGCAUAAGCUUCGCGAAAGUGAUAUCCUUGAUUAAGAAAGUGCAAAACCUUUCUUCUCCGUACUUCACGUUCACCUGAUAAGCCGCCAUGCUGUUUACUGAAAACGCUCUCUUUGGUAGCGCCGGGAUCAACUUGUCGUUCGGCUCCGCCCUGUUACAAGAUUUUCUCCGCUGUGAUUGGCCACUUGCCAGACAUCAGUCAUCCCAACUUGUCAAAAGUAUGUCAAACGUUUUGUCUGGUGUUCACGGUUGCGCGCGUAGCAUAGUAAAACACUAUCAAUAUAGGGAUAAGAUAAGAUAAGUUAAGUUACAUUGUUACAAAAUUAAUAGCUUUUACAAUGCAAUAACUACAAAAAGUAUUCAAUUUCAGUUGGGGUUUUAUCUUAAAUUAGGGUUUUUAUCUUGGACUAGUACAUUUUCGGGAAUGCAAUUUUAGAGUACAAUGUUUCCCUAGACACGACAGACACAUGGUAGCAGAAAAUCUCUGCAAUGCAACUUAUUCCCUAGUCACGCGCAAAUUAAGUGAAGCAAUCACCCAUACUGUGUAGAUCAUACACUUCACCGCUUUACUCUGUCUAAAAGAGAGUGCUAGCUGUACAAAGUGGUUUAGUUUAAAUCAUAUUAUACAAAUUACACGUUUACACAAGUUAUAUGUUGAAAAAGAAAUGUACUGUGCAUCUACGUUUUUCAUCUCUGACUAAGAAGUUACGUUUAUUUCCCAAUAGAAUUUUGACAAUGAUGAAGAUAUGAGCGGAGAGAGAGGCUGCUUCUUUAAGGAUGGCAGGAGACGAAUCGGUAAGCUAGAUACUGACCAAUAUUUCGUCAUUUGAAAAGUUAAAGAUGCAACAGAAUUCUGUCAUAAGAACCUCUUCAUGCUAUGUACCCAUUCGAGUGAUUUUGCUAAACUCGUGAAACAAUAUAAUAUGUACGGUCUGGCUGAGCUGUUCUGACUUCUAGUAAGCGCCAUAGGAGUUCCUUGUCAGUCAAUGAGAAAACGCAGUAACCAAGGGCUUGACAAGGAACAGACAUCGACUAACUAACUUUAAAUCUUGACACGAGGAGUUUUUUUGAAUAUAUUUAGGCUUUAUACACUGAAAGUCGUGUUCUUUACUGUUCUACUGUUAGAAAAUAACUUUUAAAAAAUUUCCUUCGCAGACUUUGUGCUUGUCUAUGAAGAAGGAGAGAAAGCUCCUCCGCCUAAGCAUCUGGAAUAUCGACAGAAAUUCCUGGGAAACUUAGCUAAAUCACAGCUGGAAUUUGAAGAGGCAAGAAUUGUACCAUAGAAAAAAUGUUUCUUAAAACACCAAAACGUAUUCUAAGAAGCGGAUGGCUACUACUAUAUUCCCUUUCAAUAUUUAACAAUCAAUAAUAAUAAUAAUUUAAUAAUUUAUAAAUUUCCUAUAGCACCUUUUAACAUAAAAAUGAUCAAAGGCUGAGACGAGGAUGAGGACGAGACUGGGCAAAAUUUCGCGAUUUGCAGCCAAACACGGCUGGACGACAUUGCGCAUGAACAGACCAUUAUUUGUAGGCGGUUAUUUGCAGGACACGUGGUGGGCUCUCGGCCAAUGAAAUGGGAGGAAAAAUUGCGUCGAAUGAUAAUCGGAGAUUAGUUACUGGUAAUCUUUAUAUUUACCAUCCAGAGGAAGCGUAACUAAGUUUUAACAUGGCUGCUAGAGGAAAAAAAAAUUCUAGUUAUCAGUCAUCCUGUCCAUUCUCUUUUCAAGAAAAUUGGCGUUUAAGGUUUAUGUGAGGCCAGUUUGUCACUUGAUAUAGUGCUCUAUUCAAAAGGUAAAUGUAUUCCUAAAGGCUGGUUUUCACCAGCGACGGAGUCGGAGUCAUAAGAGCGCUUAUGACAUAGUGAACAUCAAAAAUCGGAGUCGUAAGCGGAGUCAUAAAUAAGCGCGACGGAAUCGGAGUCAGAAGAAUCAGAACGUUUCCGUUUCUUCCGACUCCGCUUACGACUCCGUCGCUUACGUUCCGCUUAUGAUCUAGAGAAAACCAGAUUGUCGAAGUCGGAAGCAGAAGCGGAAGGAUAAACCAAUCACAAUGCACCUUCCCACGCUUUGUGAUUGGGUUGGUUCUUCUGCUUCUGCUUCCGACUCUGACAAUCUGGUUUUCACUAGAUCAUAAGCGGAACGUAAGCGGAAUCGGAACGCUGUUUUCACUAGAUCAUAAUCUCUACGCUUCUGAUUACGACUCCGACUCCGAUUCCGUCGCUAGUGAAAACCAGCCUUAAUAGAUAUUUGAACUUAUCUUUAAAGGAUUCAUUUGAAAUUGACAGGAGGUGACUCAAGACAAAAAAGUCAAGUUGCAUUUCAUCAAAUGCCAUGCUCCUUGGGAAGUUUUGCUGUUUUAUGCAGAAGAAUUAAACUUCAGAGCCCCUCUCGAGGUUGGUAGUCUCUUUGCAACGUACAUUUCUAUCAUUUUCGAACGUUUUAGAGUGGACUGUCAAAAACGCAUCCAAACUGUAGUGUGGACGCGAAUCGAUCGAUGCGUUUUCGAUGGCAACGAAAACGCAUUAGUGUGGUCAGGGCUUAAAUCAGUGAUGUUCUUUUUUUUUUUAUCUUUGUCUUAGCUUCGCACUACUCAAAAAAUAAAUUGGUCAGACAGAAUCUUGCAAAAGCUUCACUUGCCAAAUAUCUUCAAAGAUGAUGUGCCUGGACAGCCAAAUGACUACUUCACUUGUACAUUUCAAGCCAACAAACUUAACAAGUAAGAUUUGUUCAUAGAAAGUUGAAAAAGCUGUCUGAGAGUUAUAGACUCGUCACAUGCAUGUAGUGAUAGACAAUUACUUAGAAAAUACCCAAAUGUAACUCAAGAUCAAGCCUUUUUAUAAAUAUGAUUCUCCGUUGCAACAAAUACUUAGAAAUAAAGAAGCCAUCUUUUAAGGCGAAUGACUUUUCACGUAAAGUAAAAUGCAUUGCUAGUACAGUUUAUUGCUCUUCUUUUAAGUAACGUUUUUAAUUUUAAUUUGCAGGUUUAUCGGUCAUGAAGAUCCAGACACAUACUUUACAGAAACAGAAAGGACAAGAGUGGUAAGUUGUUGUAGGAGCAAGGAUUGCACAUUUGGUUAGUGCGCGGCCCUCGGUGGGUGCGCAAAGUCACGAAAGCGAUCCUCGGGGUCAUCACAUCCUUGUUUUAACUUCUCUCCUUUCUGUGUAGCUUCAACUAGCUUUAAUGACAGUCAAACCUCGUUAAUUCGGACACUCAAGGAUGUAGUGUCAUGGUCUCCUGGGAACGGGUUUUAGACGUCGUAUGUGCGAAUGUAGUGAAGUAAAAGACAAAAUUAUCAUUUGAUAGUGAUACAAAUACGAACACGAUACAUGUAGGUGCAACGGAAGGAAAUGUAAAAACCUAAAACUCUACAAAGGGGCCAUAGAAAGUGACCGUAUUAACGGGGUGUCUGCAUUAAGCGGGUCAUGUUAUUAAGGUCAAAAAUACACCUUGAUUCCAUCAAAAUACUACAGAAAUAAAGCAGGAGAACAGCAUCGCCAAACUAAACAUAAGUUUCACGUGAAGAAGCAGCCUCCUGUGGGGUAAUUUAUAUGACAUUGCUGUAAAAAUGGCUACCCUGGUCCACCAGCACAAUGAAUGAAUCUCUUCAAUUAACAAUCAGUCAAUGUAAACUAAGAUAUUAGGCAAGAUGUAGGUUUAUAACCCUUACGUUCUAUUAUAAUGCUGCCCUCCAUUGAUGCUGCACCUAACUCUCUUUCUUUUUGCCUUUCAAAUGGUUGGCAUGGAUAUCUGGUGCUCGGAUCUCACCGCUUCCAGUUUCUAAAACGCCUAAGUUCCAUAAACGAUUUAAAGGAUAGUUGCCAAGAAUAACAUGACUUUCUUCUUUUAGGUGUAUGAAAUUAUGGAAACGGCUCCCUAUGGCAAACGGCAGAGAGGAGAAAUUGGUAUGGUCAUAUUCAUUCAAAAUAUUUCGCCGCUUCUAAUUGGCUAAUUCUUCAUAGCCGGCCAACGGUGCUGUGUUACGAGGAUUUUGCUGUUUUAGGUCAAUUCUGUGCUGACGUUACCUGCCUUUAGCGAUACAAAGAAAGCUGCUCCUAAGAAGCUAUUAAGCGAAUUUAAAUUUUAUCAUGGAGCACUACCCAUAAUACUUUUGGGGGGUGAUUAUUGCAGGCAAAGCAAUAUAGGUUGGUUAAUAGCGUUUUGUUAAUGUUUUAUUUUUUAUUAGGAAUUAAUCGCCUUGUCGAGGAAGGUGUGUUCAAGGCUGGCUACCCUCUUCAUGUGGUGGGUUUAACAUCUGAUUGAUUGCCCCUUCAAUAAAUCUCAGUGAUUGGAGAAUUCUAGCCGGUAUUCUGGAAGGUCAUGGGUUCGAUUCCCGCUGAGAACUCAGACAUUUUUCUCUCCCGAGUUUUAAAGUGACAUAUUUAUACAUAUAUUUAUGUUUCGAUGAUAUUAAAGGAAUCAUUAAAAUUCAUACAGUGGAAACUGCAAAUAAAUUCCGUGAAACAUAAAAAUAUCCUCUCAGAACAUUUAAAAAAAAAGUACAAACACAUACGAAUCAAGCCACAGAUGGACAAGCUGGAAGAAGAUUAAAACGGAUUGCAAUUGUGGUUUAUGUUAGCAUAACAGUUUUUCAAAGUUUGAUGUAACAGUUGGGAGACAAUUGUUUGCCACAAAGCUGUACAUUUUGCCAUUCACAAGUAAAUUCUUUGUUAACGUUAAGUUCUAUGGCGUAUAAAGACGCGUAAUUGGAAAUAUUAAGGGAGCUUAAGCAACAACAACGGCGACGGCAACGAAAACGUCACUUAAACAGUGAAUUCGCAAUGCUUUAAACUUCAUCGCACUUGUUCCAUCUCGUUCAAUUCGCCAAACAUUGCCGGCAACUAUUUCUGGAGUUGCAUUCUAAAACUCUGAAUCGAAGGUCAGGAAAAGAAGGAGAAAGUCGUUGUCUUGUGUUCACGUCUCCACAAAACGUGAAAUUACGUAUUUUCACGUCGUAGUCGUGCAGUGACGGCAAAGAAUUGUACAAAAAAUCGUGAUGCAAGUGCAAAGGUGUUGUUUUGCUAAACUAAACCAACUGCUUUUUGCCCGUCUUGUUGACGUCGCCAUCUUCAUUGCUGAAGCUCCCUAAUGAUUAAAAACUUGCUCACCUACAGGGUCCAGCUGAAUUACCAAAGGAAUGGAAGGAAGGACCGGAUGGUCCAGAGGAACUCAAACUCAACAAACGACAGAUUCUUAAAGAAUACUGGGCUCGGUGGGGAAAGUGGCUCAAAUACCAGCCUCUGGAUCACAUCAGGUUAGUUAGCAGCCGACAUAUCGCAACACCACCACUAACCUUCCCGCACAAUGACGACUGAAAAGCGAGCGCCAUACUAAUAAGGUGUUAGCACCCAGAUCUGGACGGUGCUUCUGAUUGGUUGAAAUUUGCUUCAUAAUUUGGUUGUUUUCUCUGGUAAAAAAAAAAUAAAUAAAUAAAAAAUUCUCGAGGUUUUGACUGGCCAAGAGGUUAUAAAAAUUUAGCUUCCUCUUAUAAAAACACUUUCUUUAAAACAUGUACGAGGAAUCUCAGUCAAAGCCCUUGUUUACCAGUUAAUGUAAGAGCCGAGUAUGCAUCUAUACAACUCGUAAGAAUGGCAGCAACGUCAAAUAACUAUUUUUUCUCCCUUUCAUUUCAGAGAUUACUUCGGAGAAAAAAUUGGAAUUUAUUUCGCUUGGCUAGGUAUAGUAGUUGCUUCAAAAUAUUUUCUCUUCUAAAUAGACUGUUCUAGCAUAUCUGUGAACAGGGCAUAAACUCAAGGCUUACCUGGGGUGACUAAAUACAGUGAUUUGUAUUUCUGUAUUUGCAUUUGUACACCCAAGACGACUCAAGCCUUAAUCUCGUUUCAUACUGUAUGCUUCGGCACUGAGGGCUCAAAAGCGGAAUGCGGUGAAGGUCAAAAGAGCCAACAUCUAUGGAAAUUUAUUAGAACUAAAGAAUGUUUUUAGAUGUUAAAAAAUGCUUAUUAAAAAGAAGAACACAUUUCACGAAUAAUGACUGUUUUUAGUAAGUUUAUGGCGUUUACAUUUGAUUGUUGUGACUUUUUUACCUUGUGCUUAUCAUUAAUGAAAAAUAACUACGAAUCAGCUCUCGUUGACCAGAUUCUAAACAAAUCCACGCAUUCAGUAUGGAAUGUUUAGGGCCGAAUCGCAGACGUCUCUCCUGUAAAACAUCUCCCCCGGCGGGGAGCGAGGAGAAACGGCUGUAUUCACGGACUAGACAAGGACAUGUACUAUCCUAUUUAUUAUAGAUUGUACUCACUAUCUGUCUUUUUAUUAGCUAAGAGCCUAUGUACAGCUAAUUCUGGAAAUCGGCGCAACCUACAGACUAAUUAGUUAUCUGCUACAGUGGAACCCCGAUACAACGAUCCUCGAUAUAACGAUAUCCCCGGUAUAACGAUAAAUAUGCUAUGUCCCGGCAAAAGUUACUGUAAAAUGUAUGGGACAGAACCCCGAUAUAACGAUCUUCGAUAUAACGAUAUUCCCGGUAUAACGAUAAAUAUGCUAUGUCCCGGCAAAAGUUACUGUAAAAUGUAUGGGACAGAACCCCGAUAUAACGAUCUUCGAUAUAACGAUAUUCCCGAUAUAACGAUGAGCUUUUAGCGCACCGAGCGUCAAAUCUUCCCCGAUAUAACGAUAUUAGCGGGGCUCCCGCGCGCGCGAAGCGCGCGUGGGACAGAGCCCCAUACCCAUGGAAUAUGGUCAACCUCUUUUCGUUUGGUUGUCACGUGAUUGACCGAGCGUACGUUCGUACGUACGUACGCGUCUACAGAUUGUAUGGGUGGGGUAGGGGAGACUAUCAAAAGGAAGGGAGGGGUGUCUCAGGCGUGUCUUGGCAAGUCCACAUCUUUAAUAUAGGACAUUAACAAUAUGGUCAAUUGACAGCUGUCCAAACAGGAUAGCCACUGACCAGUAUCCCAUGACCAUAUCGCGGGCUCAUGUGUCAACUCAUCGAGGUGACGUGAUUUAUUUGGAAGCUGUCCGCUGACCAGUCAACUGUUUUACUAGAUCGCGAACAACGUUCAAUCUCAUACUUUUACUAGUUUGGGAGCACAGGAAAACUGAUAAUGCACACAUAUUGGACAUCAAUGUUUUGAUCAAUUGACAGCUGUCAAAACAGAGUACCCGCUGACCAGUAUCACUUGACCGUAUCGCGGGCUCAGGUGUUGACCCGUCGAGGUCAAGUAUUUUUUGAAGUUAUCCGCUGACAAGUAAACUAGUUUUCAAGUGAUCGUAGGCUCAAGUUCAAUUUUUUUUCUUAAUUCAUAUGAAAUAUGUUGUGUUUAUGUGCUGCACAAUUAAAAUUUUGAUUGCAAACUGACCUCGGACGUGAAAAUUCAGCCAGCUGUUACAGGCAGGGAAGACAGUUGCUUUUGUUUUUUCUCACAAUGGUCACGCGUUGGUCACGCUCUACGUCCAAUUUUUAUGCUCUGAUUGGUCAAAAUUUGACAGGUGAGUUCAUGCGCAAAAUUUAUGCAGCAUCUUGAAUCUUGUUUACUUUAACAGCUGAAGCUGACAGAGUUUUGUGUCAACUUGUGAUGUUUUUAACUGUCUUUUUCCACUGGAUGUACAAAAUGAAAUUCAGCUGCUAUCAGGAGUCUUCUGUUACUCAUGGCUAGUUUGUUUAUUGGGUUUUUGGUUGAGAAAACGUCGCUUGUCAAAGUCGGAAAUCCGAUUUCGGAUGGCAUCGUUUUCGUUUUCACCUUGCUUGAUGCGUAAGAGGAUUGCAAAGUCUGAAGCGAUACUGGCUUUACCUGAUAACUUUCAGGAGCUGCAUCUCGAAUGGUAAGCCAGAGAAAUUAUUGUAUUUCAUGUUUGUUUUUUUGUAUCUAAUUUAAUGAAGUGGAGCGUAGUUUAUGCGGGAAUUUAGUUUAUGCGCGUUUGUAAGAUUUGAGACAACGAUCUCACCGAGUAUCUGGUUUGAUAUAAUCUUACAGAACUUUAAAAAGCCUUUAGGCAGUUUCUCACCGCAAAUAGAAAGAAAAUGUUCCAAAGAAUCUUUAGUUGUAAUUCUAGCCGGAAAAGAAAGCUUUGAGCGAUUUUCUUGCCUCGAGUUCGUCUUUGAAAAAACAAACACCGGGAAGGUGGCUUAAAACUUCAGCAAACUAAGCUUAAAGCUUGAAGAUUCAGGAUAUUUAGGGACACUGUAAUACUUGUCUUCCUGAAUGAAAAUUGUUGUCUCUGUUUAUGUUUCACCGAAUUAUAUUUCUUUUAUUGAUUGUUAGCAGUCUCUCUUGCAAUUUUAAUCGCUGUGCCGAUUGUUUUCAGUCGUUCAGUGAACAUCGCUUGCAGGAGUUCUCAAAAUGCCGCGCGUUAAACCAUCAAAUAAAAAAUAAACAUGAUAAAUUCUUUAUUAUCUUGGAGCGUAACUCUGUUAAUGUUCAUUCAAACACUCGCUACAGCUCGCACUACAAAAGUGAGAACCGGAUGGCCGUAUAGGUGAUUUUGGAAAAUUUUUUUAACAGUUUAUGAAUAUUGAAUGAGAGCAAUUUGUAUUGUGAAAUACUGCUUUCUGUCCAUGGUAUAAAAGGUUGGUUUACACGCACCCAGAUUUGUUGGCAAGAUUUUGCAAAGUAAACUUGUCGAACGCCAAAACGUUGGCCUGGUUUUUUUUCUAAGCCUAAUUGAUCUACGGUGAUCAAUAGCCAUUACGGCUCUUAAAUGUGAUAAAAGAUGAUUACCAGUUUUUGAGUGUACAUAUGAGGCUAUCAACUCGAUGUAAGAUUUGGUUCACUCUUGGGCUGUUUGCAAAUUAUUUUUCUCUAAAAUCAGGUAGCCUUUCCCUCAAAAGUCACAUAAAUGUGCUCUAAAGUUAACUGAAUUGUGGAAUUCGAAUACAAGUUUAUUGUUUAAUUUAAAUUAUAAAUUUACUAAUGGGAGCCUCGCUUUUAGCCCUGGCUAAAUCUAUAUAUUACAGUUUCAGUACACAGAUACAAUUUAAACAAAACCUUGAAUUUAAUACAAUAACAUUACAGUAAUCGAGUACAGUAAUCUGCAACGUUUCUGUCAACAGCUUUCAGUUUACGAUGCCUCUUUAUCCUCCUCGUCAUGUAGUAGUUCUUUCAGUUUUAGUAUUUUUGACUCCUUCUUGUGACAAAAAGUAAGCAAUUAGAGAUUUUAUUAUUACGUUGGAUGAUUCGGGCAAACGAGAGAGAGAAUUCCUUUCCUCUCUUUCAGCGAUGGAGGAUGCGUUUUCAAGAUUUCAAAUAAAACAAAUGAGGCAAACCUAGCACAGGCUAAGGCAAACCAAACUUGAAGAGUACUUUAAUUAAUGAACAAGUGUCUGUUAAAAAAGAAAAACAAUGAACACGCAAACAGCGAAAAGUAAAGACGAUUACAGUCGCAACUUCAAAUGUUUAAGUUUUGUUUUGUUUCAUACCACAGACUCUGUUGUGUAAUGCUUUGCAAAUUGUUUAAGGACAUUGCUGCGUGCUUGAAAAGCUACAUCUGUUAGUCAUUUGAUACUCAUUACAAGUUUAAUUAAACAAUAUGUAGUAAAAAAAGUACAUGUUCAUUUUAUCCCGAUAUGACGAUAUUUUCGGUUAUUUUACGGCAAUAUCGUUAUAUCGGGAGUCUCGAUAUAACGAUACCUCGAUAUAACGAUCUAAUUCCGCUGCUCCCUUGGCAUAUCGUUAUAUCGGGGUUCCACUGUACCAGAUAACUGACUAAUCUGUAGGUUGCGCGCGCAAUGCAUGAUUUCCAUUAACAGUAUCAAUUCAGGUUGCUUGUGACAGCGUGUUUGUCGCUAUUUUCUUCAAAACAAUGCCGGGUCAACCUUGAUUAUUUCGAAUAUUACAUCCAAUAAUUGUUUAAUAUAUGAGAGACCUUAAACGUUGCAUCUUAUCAAUUUCUUUUUCCUGGGUAUCUGUAUUUAGGUCAAUACACUGCCUGGCUUCUAAUGCCAUCAUUUGUUGGGCUGUUGGUUUUCUUGUACGGCAUAAUCACAAUGAAUGGACCUGAUAACAGACCUGCGUAAGAUGCUUUCAACUUAUAUUCGUGAAAUGUUUUAAGCUUGUUUGUUAAAAUAAUUGUUGAUUUUGUUGUUGAUGAUUUCUCCUUUAUCCAUUCUACCCUAAGAGCAUUUUUUCCUUUUGUUUCCCUUAAUCGUUCGUUCGUUCAUGUUUGAUUUGUGUCGAUUCUUUUUACAUUUCUCUGUCGCAGCUGAUUUGUUCGUUUAUUGACUUAUUCAUUUCUUCAUCCAUCUGUUUUGUUAUAAUCAUCCACCAUUUCACAACCCUUAUUUUGAUUUUAAUCCUUGUUCCAUUGGUCAAUUCCUUUAUUUGAUAUUCCCGAGCUAAACUGGGCCAGCCAACUUUGCCUACAUUUCCUCUCAAAACCUAGCGAACCAGUCACAUGCGUUGGAUCAGCUAGAAGGGUGACCCGCCUUUUGUCCAUUUUGACACUUUUGCUCGACUCGAUGAAGGCAACACAAUUAGAGCAUGUGCAAGCGCUCUUGACAGGCAAAGGGGUCAAAAUUUCCCCAUAUAUUAACGCUCGCUAAAGAUGGCUCGGCUGGGAGGGUGGCCUUUUUUCCCCAGGACACCUUUUCUCCAUAUAAACGGGUUCUAAGUUGAAAUCAUCUUUUCCUUUCAGUAUUGACGUGUGCGAAAGUCCUCCACUAACCUAUAAAAUGUGUCCAUUGUGUGACGAAUCCCUUGGCUGUCACUUUGUCGAUCUACACGACUCUUGUAUGCUUGGAAAGGUAGCCAAUUAACUUCUGUUGCUUAUGAUCUGCAAAUACAAUACAAAACAACAAUGAAGUACGAUACAAUACAAUAAAAAACAAUGCAAUGCAGUGCAAAACCGGUGAUACAAUACAAUACAAUGCAAAGCAAUUUAAUGCAAUAAAAUGCAAAGCAAUCCAACAAAAUACAUCAUAAUGCAAUGUUAUACAAUACAUUACAAUGUCGUACAAUACAAUGCAAUCCAACACAAUACAAUGCGCAACCAUACAUUCCUGAAAUAGUGUUUAUUCAAUAAAUAAUAGUGUAUUUAUCAAAAGGUAUACUCCUAUCCAACUGUGUCUUUUGCAGAUUUCCUACUUAUUUGACAACGCAGCAACCGUCUUCUUUGCAGUUUUUGUCUCUUUCUGGGGUAAGAACUGAUUGUGUGCGAUAAUGUCUACAUGCUGUUUAGAUCUAUUUAACUGCACUGAUGGGUAUUUAAAACUGCACUGUGUUUAAGUCCUUUUUGCUCAACCAAGAUGUAAGAAAUAAAGUAUGUUUGUUGCACUAUAGCUGUGUUUUUCCUGGAGUUCUGGAAAAGAAAGGAAGUCACUCUGGCCUAUCACUGGGAUGUGCUGGAGUACGAGGAGGAAGAGGUAACCACAAUUUUAAUUUUAUUCAAUUACCGUAUGUUGAUAUUCAGUAAAACCCCGUCCUCGAUUAAGCACCGCAGGUGGAAGCAAAAAAUAACUGUAAACGCCGCCCUCAAUAAACGACGCAUCCAAUCAGACGAAUAUGGAGUUUAUUCGAGGAUAGCCUGCGAGUAAGCUCUCCCAUUAGGGACGUCAAGAUCCGAGGACGGCGACGACAGCAAAAACGUCGCUGAAAAAGUGAAUUCGCGUUCUUUCAAUCUUUAUCACGAUUACUACAAGUCACUAACUUUGUCAAAUGUAGAUUAACCCUCCUAAAGAUGAAUCCCUAACGACCAUAUCCAAGUUCAAUUUCGUCGUCGCUUGUGUUACUUCGUCUGUUAAACGUGAAAUUAGGCAUUUUCACGUCGUAGUCGUGCAGUGACGGAAAAGAAACGUACAAAAAAGCGUGAUGCACGUGCAAAAUUGUUGUUUUGGUUAUUUUGACGUUCUCGUUGCCGUCGCCGUCGCCGUCGCCGUCGUAGGAUCUUAAGGUCCUUAUUAUGGCAAGCAAAGCGACCUGCGAGAGAACGCGCGAGCGAGCGUUGAAGCUCGCCGGCUUCUCACUCGCGCCUCUUUUCACGUGUGACUCUCGCGUGACUUCUUGCGACUCCUUGCUCGCAGGUCAAUCCGAAAAUUGUAAUAAAAUAAAAUAACAACUAUGGUACAACUAGCAACUCAUAACGUAUGAGUUUCUGUUACAACUAGGUAUUCUACACCAUCCAGAGUAUUGCGAUUCUAAUUAAGCGAAAAAGUGAGACAUUGGAACUGUACACAAUUGCUUCAAUAUAAUUUUAAAAUAUAUUUCCUUUAUCAGUUGUCAGUGAUUUCAGAAAUAUAAUUUAAAAAUAAACGCCUCCUUUGAACAUUGCCAUUCAGUUGAAAUUAAGAUGUAGAUAUUUGGUUCUUUUUGUAGGAACGGCCACGGCCAACAUUUGCAGCGUUAGCGCCAACAGUAGAACGAAACCCGGUGACAGGAAUAAUGGAACCUCAUUUCCCAGAUGAAAAGAGGCAACCACGAAUAUUUUCGGGGAUAGCUAUUGUUGUCACUAUGGUAAGGAAAAAAAAGGGGUUAGCGGGUACCAACCUGUAUCAACACUGCCGUACGCGGGACAGAUGCAUCCCAUGCUAAAAGCAAUCGGUCCAGUUGGUUUUAAUUCAGCAUAUACCAGCUUAUACUGCGAAAGGCGUUAUGUCACAUUGCUUGAAAAAUGAAUCCGUUAGUCAUUGCCACUACUAGUACAUAAUUCGUUCAAAUCUGCAUUCAUGCCAUAUAAAGAGGAGUAGAUUCGGUCGGAUUGAAAAACCGUUUUCACUUUGAACGGAUAAAGUUCCUAUGAAGACAUUUAUAUCAGGUUCAAUAAGAAAUCGGAGCUGACAGAAAUUUUUAACCCCUUCGUGUCUGAAUUCACUACUGCAAAUUACAUCAGCAAGAAUGAGGAAAUGAAUCUGAUAACAGAAACGACUUACAAUUUUCGAAUAAUGAAUUCCUUGAACUAUGGGGGUAUGCUUGACCUUGCUUGAAUGUACGUGCUUGAGCAAAUUUAUUUCGCCACUUAAAAAACGAGAGGGGGACUGGAGCGGAAAUGCGCCCCCCAAUUGCUUCUGGGAUCGUUACUGAGGACCUGCUGGUCAGCUAUUGGCCAAUUUUUUCCCUGUCCCAGAAUUCUCCGCAAAAAUUUUCUGGGCUCAGUUUCCCUCUCGAUUCCAAAGUGACGAGAAUACUUAAAACAUCUCUUUUGUGGGAUGCCUUCUCAAAACUGAGCUGUAUAUUUGUUGUCGUUGUUUUUCAGGUUUCGCUAGUGUUGGUGUUUAUGGUGGGAGUGAUUGUCUACAAGCUGUUAAUCUACCGUCCACUGUCAGCCAAUCCAUCAACUCGUGCACGCGCACCGCAGAUCGCCAACAUCACGGGCGCAUUUGUUAACUUGACAAUUAUCAUGAUACUCAGCAGGGUCUGUAGUGUCUACUUCAUAUAUGCAUGUUUGUAAACUAUAAAGAUGAUUAGAUAAAAGUGAAACAAAACUUUGGCCGAUACUUUCAACAGGUUACUAACAUACUGUGGCUCCGAUCAUUUCUUGUAUUAGAAAAGCACUAAAUUUUAUUAUUUGGUGAUGUAGAAACGAUUCUUGCUUUUUACAGGUAUUUUAAGCAACCGGAUUCAUGGUGCAUUUUUCACAACAGAACGGAAUAACGCUGUGUCGUAUUCAAGGCUUGGUGCUUCUUUAAGUUUUCUUAAUUACUGAGUAAAGAAAAUAUUCACUUUUUUCAUUAGCCACUCAAGUAAUCAUUACAAAACACUACGAUCUAUGAGUUAAAACCAUGGAAUUAAAUGUUCCAUUGACUCCGUUACAAUUAAGAAAAGAAAAGACGAAAAAGAAAAGAACUAAAUUAAACUUACCGAAAGUAAUUUCCAUUGCAGGUUUACGAAAGAGUUGCGUUGGCUUUGACCCACUGGGGUAAGGAGCAUCCUCGACAAAACCUGUUAAUCAUUUGUAUUAAUCAUGAUUUUAGUUUUCGAUUACUUCUUUCCAUCCAAUAACACCCUGAUACCACUCUUCGGUUAUUGAAAAUAUAAAGAUUUUAUGGUCACACACUUAUACAAAAGUUUUGACCCUUGAAAAGCCGAAAUCCCCACAAAAUAUUUCCAGACUAAUCUCCAGCCAUUUUCCUAAAGAAGCAGUUGAGAGAAUUAAGAAAAAAAAGGGAUCAAAGUGUUUUCCAUUAUGUGAUAAUUUUAUCAAUUCUCAUAACAACCGGUAUCACCUCCACUUGUGGCAUGGCCAAUAUGGUUAUAUUUAACGACCAUGAUGUGGUCUUGAGAUAGGAUUUAAAUGAAUGCUGAGGUACUAGGUAAGUGGGAGAAUUUUUUUCAAGAUUACUUUAAAGCAGUUUCCCCAAUGGGGUUAUAUUAUUAAUUCUCAUGACCUUUUACUCUUGACUAUUUUUUUGAUCUUGUUAGAAGAAAAUUGAUUUUGGUCACUCUUCGGACUUAGGGGCUGUUUACAUGAAGGGAGGAAGAUCCUAGAAGGCGGAUCACCCUAGCACCAUAUGUUUCCUGUAUUCAGUUUACAUGCAAAGGGUUGUACUUGUUCCUAGAGCUGGGAUCUUCCUAGUUCUAGGAUCUUCCUAGCUGACAGGUAGGAAUAUCCUAGUACUAGGAAGAUCCUAGCACCAUGUAAACUGCCUUCGCUAGGAAGAUCCUAGUACUACGGACAAACAAGACAAAAAUAGCGGCGGGUCGUUCAGUGGCUCAUAACGGCAAUAAAGGCCAACCAUUUCGUUUGGUGUUACCACGAGCUGAUUAUUGUGACAAUUCUGCUAAAAGGUAGUUGUUAACACCAGUAAAGAGAGCAGAAGGGCCUAAAUUGUAUGUUUGUUUCUGCCGCCCGCCAUUUUUAAUUCCUUCUCAAACAUUCUAUAUUUGGGUACCAUACGGACCAAAAUUUCUGUAUGUAAACCCAAUGUAAAGUUGGUCCGCCUUCUAGGAUCUUCCUGGUGCUAGGAUCUUCCUUUCUCCAUGUAAAGAGCCCCUUAGAGGGUUGACCUGCUCCAGGCUACAACAACCAUUUCAAAAAACGAGCUAAAAAAGGGGCGAGGGGAGGGGGGCGCUCUCCAUUCAACCGCAAAAUUCCGGGAAUUUCGGUUGGUACAUCAACUGGAACAAACCACUUCGGUUUGGUCCGACCGGAGUAUUCGGGACCAGUUUUGAAGGUGGUCCACUUUGACCGGUCUGGUCAUUUCGGUCGAUAGGACAGAAAUGUUUUUUUCCAUUUUACAAAAUUGUUGCCCCCAGUACCGGAAUUUUUGUUGAAAGGAAAGCGCCCGAGAUCUCCACUUCGUCUGGUCUACUAAUAUUCAACCUGCGUUUAAUACAAUUCUAGUUUAUGAUUAUUAUAAUUGUUAUUUAGUUACAUGGCCAUUAGUGGUCACUCAUGCCAAUGGUAUCUAAACCUAUCUGCUCGUCUUCUUCCUCUUCAGAAAUGCAUCGAACGCAAACAGAAUACGAAGAUAGUUUGACAUUCAAAGUGUUCGUGUUCCAGUUUGUGAACUUUUACUCCUCCAUCUUUUACAUUGCCUUCUUUAAGGGAAAGUAAGUAAAUUGCGAUAGCUAUUUUUUUCUUUUUUAUAUUCAUUUGCUAGUUUCUUUCUUAUAAUAGUUCCAAGGGCGUUGUUUUAUGUUUAAAGCGGCAUCUUGCUCAAGAUAUUAUCUAUUAUGUUUAAUAUGUAGGUUAGUUGGUUAUCCUGGACAUUACCGAAGACUUUUUGGACUCAGACAAGAAGAGGUAAAUCAUUAAAACUUACUUGCUCGGUGUGUCAUUUGAUGACAACUUCCAGAAUCCUUCAGAAUUUUGUUGCCUUGUGGAGUUCUUUAUGGCUUUUGUUUCUUUCUGGAAUUACAAAGAAAACAACGAAAGGAAUUCUGGUAACUCUAGUUUCUGUAGACAGGCACAACACAAAGUUAAGAACACAAUAAUCGGCAGUCCGCUUCUUUGGUUUCAAGGUCAUGUGAACCAUAUACUCACUCGUGAUUGGUUGUUUUUUUCAGUGCGCACCCAGUGGUUGUCUGAUGGAGCUUGCUCAGCAGCUUGUUAUCAUCAUGGUUGGAAAACAGACAAUCAAUAACGUUCAGGAGAUUGUUAUUCCGUGAGUAGUUAAAGAAGUGAAGACUCAUUUCCCUUUGUUUUGACCAUGUCUAAGCUUAUCCGUUGCUUCUGGAAGUCUCUGAAAUACCUAUCAUUUGCAGUGGGCGAAUGCUUUACGAAAUUCAAAUCCCACUCCAUUGUACAGACGAGCAAGGCGCUCUUUGGAAAAUUUUCACUUUGUCAUCCGGUAGUUAGCAGAAACCCAGUAAGCUAAAACGUGGACAGAAAAAGCUGGAAAAAAUUCGGAAAAAUGACCCGUCUUGAUGCGCGAUAAGUCUGUGAAGAAAUGAGAACCCGGACUCUUCAGGCUGUUGACACAAAAAGCUGUUCGCUCUCACCACCAUACUCACGACGCAAGCAGUGAAAGAAAAUAUAGUUUUAUUCUAAUCAUUUAUUUACGUAAUUCUUUCCUCUGUAGAAUGCUGAAACAGUGGGUUAAAAGAAAGAAGCGUGGAACGAAGAAAGAAGAGAAUAAACCGCGUUGGGAAGCUGACUACGAACUGGUCGAAAAUGAAGGACUAUUCCAAGAAUACUUGGAGAUGAGUGAGUACAAAAAUACACCUCACUAUUAGAUGUUGCAGAUUACGUCCCAUUACUGUCCUUCCUCGCUCUUGUCUUCACGGCGCUUCUCGAGUAUUUUGUAGAAAAAAAGUCGAUAUCGCACUUGAUGACUCACUGAAGCCUUGUAGACAAAUGACGCAGUAUCAAAGGCCUGAAGGAAAUUCCUCUCACAAGUUAACAAGACCAGGCCUAAGCUUUUGAAAUAAAGCUGAGGUUUUAAGGGAUUUUAAAGUUCGUCGAUCGAAUUUCAGUCCCUUGAUUUUCAGGUUAUAAUCAAUUAUCGACGUAAGAGGAACUGAAAAUGUCCAUUAGAUCAACAAUUGCUUUUUACUCAGUUUUUUCGGGCGAAUUGCAAACGAAUAGCUGUUCCUUCUUCUCUUCGGUUUCCCUCGUAUUACUGUUUAUGAAAAAUUAGCAUUAAUAAAAUACAGCUAAACUUCCGGCGCUAAUGUGACAUCCUCAAAGGCAGCCUGUAUUAGCGAUGUUCUCAGAUUUACGAAAUUGCCUAAAUUUUUUCAGUCUGGUCCGAAAGCAUAUGAUAAUAAUGACGAGUUGAUUGUGUGAAUAGGGUGUUCCUUCAGGCCUAGCCGUACUGCAGUCUUCAUUUUGUUUGGUGUAUUUAUCGAUAACCUUAAGAUUCCUGAUGAUAGUACUCAAAGUUGUCAUGUUAAAUUGUUCUUCGCAGUUCUCCAAUUCGGUUUCAUCACCAUCUUUGUGGCUGCAUUCCCACUGGCUCCAUUUUUCGCGCUCGCCAACAACAUCUUCGAGAUCCGAAUCGACUCCGACAAGUUUGUGUGUGAAGUGAGACGACCAAUCGCCGACCGAGCUCAAGACAUCGGAAUCUGGUUUGACAUCCUGGACAGCGUCGCUAAAAUAGCAGUCAUCAGUAACGUAUGUAGGAGGCUGAUUAGAACUAACUUUUUUUUCUCAUUUUUAAGACAACGUUAUUACACUUGGGUAUAUCCUAGAUGUACGUGCAUUUCAAAAGAAGGGAAGCUACUAACACCGCCUUAUGGUUGAAUUUUUCAAUGAGAAAAAUGUAUCUGAUUGCUGAAUUUCCCCCUAGCAGAGGUCUCUCACUGCAAGAGAAGAAGGAGAGGAAAGAGAGAGAACUGAUGAGUUUUCUAUUAUCCAUGUACUAGCGUUUCCUUGACAAGCAGUAAGGUUUUAGUCGCGUGAGACAUAACUUACAGAACUGAUUUACGCAAUAUCAACUGUGGGCUCAGGAAUUUCCAAUGCACAGUGUCAAAAUUCCACAUUAAACGAGACCGGUUUUGAAAACCGGUAAUUUUGGACCACAAAUGUGGUCGGCGGCUACGUGACAGAACGAGCCGGGGCUGGCAGAGGUCUUUCUCCUUUCUCUCCUUCUCCCGAGUCUUGCGGUGAGAGACCUCUGCCAGCACAGAAACAUUGAAAGAAAAAAAGAGAGAGAUGAUGUAAAAAAAAAAAUAGCAAGACUAAAGUGAAGAAACUAAUGUUUGCAGUUUCAUUACACAACCGGGCAAAUGAGCAAGGUCUAUUUUAGGUCGAUAUUUGCUCGAGCUAUUUGAAUCUGUUGUAUGGAAUUUUUUUUCAACAUUUUUUCUUUAUUAUCUACGUUCUGCAGGCCUUUCUCAUCGCCUUCACGUCAACUUUCUUGCCCAAACUGCUGUAUCGUUUUGCUGUGUCGCCAGACAAUUCCCUGAAUGGCUACCUAAACUUUUCAUUGGCCUGGGCUCCACCGAAUACCACCAGUACACCAUGCAGGUAGGUUUGAUAGAAAAUUCAUCACUUUGAUAUUUGGCGGAGGGCGCUCAACAAAGUUUUAUAAAGGGGAAGGGGGAGUCUCCACCCUGAGGUCCAACCCCGUAACCUUUCAAAUAACAUAAUUAUGGACAGAAAAGGUACCACUUUCGCAAGAAGUAUACCUCCUAUUACCAAAUGGUACCACUUUUACAUGCUUUAUUUGGAACGCUGUAUUCCUUUUAAAUGCUGUAAAAGCGCUAUCUAUUUUAAAACUAUCCUUCCAAUUGUAAGCCCUGCCGAUAUUGACGGUGAACACGCGGAAGAUAUGGGUAGCUGCAUGUGUAAAUGAUACACUUUUUUAUUUAUUUUUUGUCUUAAUAAGGUAUCCGGAGUUUAGAGAUCGUCAAGGUCAUUUCACCGGUUUCUACUGGCAUCUGUUGGCCCUGAGGCUUGGAUUUGUGAUCAUGUUUGAGGUGAGUCAUAUUUAGACCCGAUUCUAAAGUCAACUAAAUACACGUUGUCGGUUUCAGUUUUCGUAAGGCCGUCGAUAACUUCCAUGAAUAAGAAGCUGGGCUACCCGAUGGCAAAGGCAGCAAACAAGGCACUUACUAGUGCAUUCGUGUUCUCUCGAGUAUCAUGAAUUACGGUAUAAUGAAACACAUGCGUACCUUGUUUUCUUGGUCCGCACCGGGCAUACCGAAUUAAAUUAGUUUCAAGGCAAAGUGAACACUCUCUAACUUACUCAAAGGUCGUCAUUCUGCCGAACAAGUCCGUUAAAAUGCUUAACACACAAACGAAGCAAUGCAGACCUUUUUUAUUGCAAAAAUAGUCAGACGCUGGCGUCUAGUCCUCACCCCGUCUUCUGUCGUCCAACGUUUUUUUUUACCUUCAUAAAUUUAAAACUUAUUGCAGUGCAAAGUUGACAAAGGUGUUCGUUAACCUUUCUAUGACAAACUUGUAAUUGGACAAGAAAAAAGAGUCCGUUGUCCGCGCGAACGGGUGUCGGUAUUAAGCGGUUUGAGUUUAGAAAAAAAGGAGCUUUCCCAACGGACAAAGAAAACAGUCCGUAAAAACGAGUUGUCCGUAUUAGCAGGCGUUGGCAAAGCGACAUUUACCAUGGGUGCCACAGAAUUUGCGUGGUUUCCGGUUUCUGUUGAGUCUGUCUUUGAUAUUAGUGACAAAAAACCCCUAGUAUCCAGGUUAAGCAAGACUCCAGUGUAAUUUGGUAAACAAACGUGAGCAAUUAUUGGGCUUUUUCCUCCCAACCAAACAGCCUGGUUCUUUCCACAGCAUUUUGUCUUCUUCGUUUCUCGACUGAUCGACUUACUGGUACCAGAUAUCCCACAAUCCCUUGAGAUCAAGAUCAAGCGCGAGGCGUAUCUAGCCAAACAAGCGCUGUCAGAGCAUCAUAGUUUGAUUGGAGGAAAGAGUGAUGGCGAAAGUGCUGACGAUUUGGAAGAAGAUUACAUACCGUGACGUAUUUGUGUAUGUGUGUGUGACAUAGUAAUAAAAUUAGAAAGGAAGUUGCAAGACGCGAAAGUUCUCACUGCUAACCUUGUUGCGCGAUCUACAUUUUGGAUUGUGUAGCUUUACGUCACACUCUCUAGGUGUUGUCUGACAUCUUUUCAAGCACUUAUAUAGCUGCAAAAAGAUAUAGUGUCAAAAACACUUUCCCGUUUAUACAAGGGGAAAAAAAGGUUCUCCACAUGUAAUUUGCAAAGCAUUUUCGCUUCUUGCAACCUUCGUUAAAAGAGAAAUUUCUAGUUUUGGGUUGGAUAAAUCAGAAACCUUGUAUCUUGUGUGCGUUGCGUGUGUUUUACAUUGUACAAAAGUGGCUGUCUUCCUUAAGGAUUAGAAAUUAGACAAAUUGAAUUAAUUGUCAGAUAUGACUAGAGUUAUUAAGAUUUGGUAAAUUUGGAUUAAAGCGGAUAUUUCAGAGUUAAAAAGGAUCUGUUAUCUGUAGGGAACAACACAAGAUUUGCGUUUUGCACUGCGCUUUGGGUUUGCGAAAUGCGUCCAAAAAAUAUUGCAAAUUUUUGGUAAGGUCCUAUGAAAUUUUAAUAUUUUUCCUUUGUUUAUUUUACUAUAACAAAAAUUAUUUUUUUCAUUUUCUAAUUCGGUAUUUGUUACGCCAUACAUCGAAAGAUUAUGGCACGUACCUUGCCGAUAUAUGGUCAAAUAUUAAGGAAGGGUCACAAUUUAUUAUGCUACGAAAUAUUGUUGGAGAGUUAAGCUUGGUUUACAAAAAAAGGCCAUAAUGAAGGGUAUUUUAAGGUCACUCAUUUACGAGUCGCAAUACACAUGGGUAUUACUUUAACAAUGUCAUUAUUACCACCCCCCUCUAAGGGGAUAUUCAUUUACAAAGAAAUCUUCAAUAAUUUUAUCAAUGUCGCGUAGAAUCAUCUAUGGACUCCGAGAAUGUGCAGUGGUAUUAUAUAGCUGCUACACGUUAAUUAUAAAAUCUACGGUUUAAAAGAGGGCGGUUAUUUUAUUAUUACAAGAAUUAAUUUACAGCUCACUUGGAAUAAGAGCUUAUGCAAGGCCUUUUUGGAUAAUCUGGUGUUGCUUUUUGUUUGUUUGUUUGUUUUUUCACAAAAAAAAGAAUCAUAUACCACAAAAUUAUUUAUUAAAUUAAUACCACCUACGCGUUGUCUAUUUUGCGUUGGUGAGGUUGUACAGAUAUUUAACGUAGGGCUCAGAUUAAUGUGGAGAGGAACUUUCCGAAUGAGAGGGAUUAAACUUGAUUGUCUACAUGAACAACUCCGUUUGAGUAUACGAAAGCAAAGAAACUCGCAUGAGCUUACUUUAGGGUUCUAAAUGGCCUCGUCUGUCAAGAGAGAGAGAGAGGUUCUUUAGCAGCCUUAGAGAAGCACAAACGUUAUGAAGUUCCAGUGUUUGAAAGAUAAGCAAUUGAAAGGAAGAUUAGAAGUAGAUUGAUAGCACUUCUCCUUUUUUUGUUUCUUCUUUUGUUUGUUUUUCUUAUCUAGUAUAUUUUGCCGUAAACAAUUCCGCUUCAGUCUCUUUUCUCAUGUUCUAGACACGGACCGGAUAAGUCAUUAAUAAUUUUCAAAUUAUAUGUAACAAGGUGCUUAAAGCCACACCCUUCCAUAAAACAGUAUUUCUAGCUUUGCUUAGCUCAGUUUUGGCUAUCUUUCCUUCUCGACUAACAAUUAUACAACACUAAGCACAAUUUGAAAACUUAAAAUAACCCAGUAGAAAAAUCUUCCAGAGGAAAUCUAUGAAACACAUAGUAUAAGAAGUAAUGUAUAAAUGUAUGAGAGGUAGUUGGUAACGAUGCGGUUUAAUCAUUAUUUUGCAGCGUGCAUUAUCUUGAAAUUUAAGAGAAUCUCAAAUUAUUACUCGGGUAAAGUAAAGACACAUUAGACAUCAGAGUAAACUAUCAAAGAUAAAGGAUUGUUGAAUCAGUAUCUUCCCACUCACCCCUCCCCUAAUGCAACGUUGACAAUGACUAAUCAUUUAGGGCAAAAUGUUCGGCUAGGGGAGGGGUAGGUGGAGAGGUUACUAAAAGGAGACGAAAUGGGAUAACAAACGGCAAACUUGGGGCUGAAUUUUUUCUGCUGCAGAAGCCGUGAAACAGCUCCGUAAAAACGUAAAAUUGCAAUUCAACCUCGCGAGGUAUGACAAAGUUUAAAACUUUAACUGCACUUUCACCUCACAAAACGGUUAAAACAGCAACAGUCCUUUUUAACAGACCAUGCUCGUAGUCUCUACAAUAAACUGAAACUACGUUACGGUCGAGACACGGGCCGCGUUUGCUUCACACGCAGAAAGUUUGACUGAGAUCUCUUUAUUAGCUUCGACUGUUAAAUAUUUUCAGUUCAUUUCUGGGAGUUCGAAUUGGUCUGUUCAACCAGAGCGAAAACCGGUGUGUGACACGUACAAUGUAUUAAACCAAUUGGUUUGAAGAUGGUUGUAGUGUAACCAGGACAAAUCUUUGGUUUUAGAGUAUAUGUAGCAGGUAGUAAAGUAGUGACUGGUCAGCGGUGUAAUAUUCAAGGGUAGAAAACUGCCUGCAGGCGGGUGGACUGGAACUAGCUCAAAUAAACUGGUUUGGUGGACGAC